AUGGCAUCAGAGCGCCGAAUCAAGUCGCUCAAACUUCGACUACGCAGCAUCGAGACAUCCUUCAACCUCAUAAGGGUGUUUGUCGACCAUUAUCAAGAAGACACCCAGUCGAUGGAGGUUCCCGUCCGGCUGGAAAACCUUGGAGUCCUUUGGGCGGACUUCGGUAAAACCCAGGCCGAACUAGAGGCGGCCGAUGUAGAGGAUCCGACUGUCAUCGAGCUGCAAUUAAAACAACGGGCACAAUUUGAGACGGAAUAUUACCGUGUUAAAGGCUUCCUUCUAUCCGUCAAUAAAAAUUCAACGUCACCGUGCUCUCAAUCGUCUCAGUCAAGUGCGCACUUCCCUACGUCUUCUCAGAUUCGUCUGCCUGAUGUGAAGCUCCCAGUGUUUAAUGGCACGCUAGAAAAUUGGUUGAAUUUCCACGAUCUUUUCAUCUCGUUAGUGCAUUCCUCCAGUGAAUUAUCAAAUAUUCAAAAAUUCUAUUAUUUACGAUCGUCGUUAACUGGAGAUGCCCUGAAACUGAUUCAGACAAUUACUAUAAGCGCCAACAAUUACCCUGUUGCCUGGAAUUUAUUGAUAGACCAUUUUCAAAAUCCGUCACGCCUGAAACAAGCGUACGUCGAUUCUCUUUUCGAAUUUGUGCCGUUGAGGAAAGAGUCCGCAUCCGAUCUACAUUCACUGGUUGAGAGAUUCGAGGCCAAUGUUCGCAUUCUGAAGCAGUUGGGGGAAAAAACGGAGUUUUGGGACGUUCUGUUGAUUCGCAUGUUAAGUAUUCGCCUCGAUCCAACGACACGGAGAGAUUGGGAGGAAUUCUCAACGAACCAUGAAGCCAUCACCUUCCCAGAUCUAGUUAGUUUUCUCCAACGACGAGUCACCGUUCUUCAAAGCGUAGGCAACGUGCACCUAGACACUUCCUCCAUUCCGGCUUCAAAGAAGCCUGGCCCUCGAUCAACUAUCAUCAGCAAUGGUGCUACUCAGUUCUCGUCCCGUCAAUGCUAUGCCUGCUCGGAACAUCACCCCUUAUACCAAUGCCCUACAUUCUCCAAGAUGACCAUCGAAGACAAGGACAAGCUCGUACGACGUCAACAACUCUGUCGGAAUUGUUUGCGAAAGGGUCAUCAAUCAAGAACCUGCCAAUCAAAAAGUUCCUGCCGUAAAUGUCGAGGUCGCCAUCAUAGCCAACUGUGCAGUCAGGACACUGCUCAGGCCGAAGUCAACAAACCGAGAGCUGAGGUGACUGUUCCUAGAGAUCCCAAUCCUGUCGUCGGAGAAUGUUCAUCGUUAUCAGCAGCAGUCGGAACUCCCCUCAAGAAGGGCCACCCCAAAAGGGUGCUCCUUGCAACGGCCGUGAUCCAGCUCAUCGAUGAUCAAGGUACCACUCAUCUAGCACGAGCGCUUCUCGAUUCGGGUAGUGAAUGCAGCUUCAUUACCGAAGCGUUGUCUCAGCGACUAAAGUCUCGUCGAACCAAGGUGAAUUUAGCCAUUUCUGGGAUCGGCCAGUCAUCCACCCACGCUAGAUGCAAACUUCGCACCACCAUACUUUCACGUGUCACCACCUUCUCGACCAUCGUAGAGCUGUUAGUGUUGCCUAAACUCACCCUAAAUUUGCCAUCUGCCUCACUAGACAUCUCGCAAUGGAAUCUACCGCAUGAAAUAAAGCUAGCUGACCCUAAUUUCUACCAAGCCAAUCCAAUUGACGUCGUCCUAGGUGCAGAAAUCUUUUUCGACUUGUUCAAGCCUUCAGGAAGAAUCUCUCUUGGUAAUUCACUGCCUGUUCUUGUCAACUCCGCUCUUGGAUGGGUAGUUUCGGGAAAGGUCACAAACUUCAACGCGGUCAGCCCUGUGGUAUCCAACCUUGCAACCGUAGCAGAGGUUUAUCAGCUCAUGCAGCGAUUCUAG